AUGAUUAUUGUCUAUUUUUACAGUGAUGAAUCAAAUGGGAAUCUCAUUGAAGAUAGACUUGUUCAACUGAGAUGUCACUUUACAUGGAAGUUGCAAAUUAAAGACGCUGAAGUGCCUGAUUUAGAAAACAGGGUCUUCGAUGAAAUUGAUUUCCUAGACACAAAAUUUAAUGUGGCGAUACACAACCUCCAGGCCUAUGUGAAACACCUGACAGGCCAGAAUAAGGAAGCCCUGCAGAGCUUGCAAGCAGCUGAAGACUUAGUCCAGACAGAACACGCCAGACAAUCGGACGUGAGAAGGCUGGUAACCUGGGGCAACUAUGCCUGGCUGUAUUACCACAUGGGCAGGCUGGCAGAAGCCCAGAUUUACCUGGACAAGGUAGAGAACACUUGCAAGCAGCUUGCCAGUCCCUCCUGCUACACAGUGGAGAGUCCAGAGAUGGACUGUGAGGAAGGAUGGGCCUUGCUGAAAUGUGGAGGAAAGAAUUAUGAACGGGCUAAAGCCUGCUUUGAAAAGGCUCUGGGGGUGGACCCUGAAAACCCAGAAUUCAACACAGGGUAUGCCAUUGCUGUGUAUCGUCUGGAAGGAUUCAACACAGCACCGCAGACUGACAAGACAUUUUGUCUGCACAUCCUAAAACGGGCCAUCAGACUAAAUCCAGAAGAUGCAUAUAUGAAGGCUCUCCUUGCCCUGACGUUUCAGGAUAUCGGACAAGAAGCUGAAGGGGAAAAGUACAUUGAAGAAGCACUGAGCAGCAAGUCCUCUCAAACCUACGUGCUUCGAUAUGCAGCCAAAUUUUACCGAAGAAAAGGCUCUGUAGAUAAAGCUCUUCAGUUCUUAAAUGCAGCUUUGCGGGCAACACCGUCCUCUGCCCUCCUGCAUCACCAGGUAGGGCUUUGCUACAAGACACAAAUGAUUCAAAUAAAGAACGAUACCAACUGGCAGCAUAGAGGACAGGAUAAAGAAAAUAUCCACAGAUUAGUUCAGAAGGCUGUAUGUAAAUUUGAAACAGCCUUGAAGAUAAGGCCCACAUUCCACACUGCAUCUAUUGACCUUGCUGAGAUGCAUGCAGAACUGGGCCACCACAGAGAGGCAGAGGACACUUUUCAGAAACUGUUGGGCAUGGGGGUCUUUGAUGAUAAUAACCUACAGCAAUGGAUUCACUUCCGCUAUGGCCGAUUUCAAGAAUUUCACAGGAAAUCUGAAGACAAUGCAGUUAUCCAUUAUUUAAAAGCAAUAAACAUAGACGGCUCGUCCAUUACAAAAAAUAGAAGUCUCAGUGCUUUGGAGAAAUUGGUUUUAAGGAAACUCCGGAGAAAUGCAGCAGACAUAGAAAGCUUGAGCAUCCUUGGGUUCGUCUACAAAUUGAAUGGAGAAAUGAACAAAGCCCUGGAGUACUAUGAACAGGCCUUGAGGCUGGCUGCUGGCUUUGAGAACUCCGUGGGACAUGUUCCUUAA